AUGCCAAAUUGUCAAAGCAUACCAACAAGUGCACGUCAAAUGAUUAAUGUUAGAGUUGCAGAAACAAGAAGAGUACCAUUAUCUGAGGUUCCAUAUCCCAUAUCAAAUCUGACUUUUUAUUAUUACUUACUUGAAUGUUCUUUUUUAAGAAUCAUUGUUGCUAAUAACGAAAGAUUAGUUUAUCAUUGUUAUACAGAUUACUUGUCAAAUGGUACUCCUUAUACAGCUUUUGAAUGUAUUAGAAAUACCCCACUUCCCCAUGAAAGAAACCAAAGAAAUAUAAAUUGUGAGCAUCCAAUGGAAGGUAUUGAAAUAAUAAAUUUACAAAAUGAGGGCGAAAAUAGAGACAUUCAUGUUACAUAUGAAAGAAUAAUUGAGCAUCAUGGGGAACAAUUAUCUGAAAGUAAUAAUUCUUUAUGCCGAGAAUGUUUGAUGCCAAUAGUAUUAGGUAAUGAGCUAUGUGAAGAAUGUAAGGAAGAAGAACAAAUUAUUCCACAGUGGAUGUUUUGA